CCAGAUCGGAAUCGUUUAUUGCUCGAGGUUUUUGAUGAAAAUAGAUUGACGCGGGAUGACUUCCUAGGUCAGACAGAAAUGCUGCUAAGUUUUGUCCCCAUGGAACAAGAGCAUCCAACCCCGUUUAGGAAUUACUUGUUGCGCCCUAGGAGCUCGCGCUCAAAGGUCAAAGGGCACAUGCGAUUAUCUAUUGGCAUAGUAAGCUCUGAACAGGAAGCUACUGUAGAGGAAGCAUCCACAGCAGGAAGCGAAGCUGAAGAAGCUGCGAAUUUGUCCCUCGACCAUGAGGAUGUUGAUGAUGCGGAGGGAAGUGACACAGAGGAAGGAAGCAGCCAAGAGAGGCAGGAUCAAGUAACGCCCCUUCAUCGGACGGAGACGCCACCACUGCCUCUCGGAUGGCAGGAGAGGGUCGAUGGGAAUGGCCGGCUGUUUUAUGUCGACAACAUAAACAGGAGAACGCAGUGGGAGCGGCCGACAUUAGUACCGUCACAUGCGCCUGCCUCGGCGCAGCGAGAAGAGCGGAGAGCUGCUCUGGUGUUUCAGCAGCGACGGCAUAUCAGUCAGGAUGACUCGAUGGAGCAUGCAGCAAAUUCAGAGCAGGUCCUGGCUGAGCUGAACAUCACGCCACAUGCAGGCGAUGCACUGCCAAGCCCAACAGAACCUGUGGAUGGCGAGACACCGUCGUCUCUAUGGAGCGGACAUUCAGAGUCUUCUUUGCCGACGACACCAGAGGCGGUUGACACAGUUGAUUCGAUAACAGAGCAACUCGCGAAUCUGCCAAUAGAUCAAAACGUGAUAGAACAGGCACGGGUGGCAGGUAUAGCCAGCCCUGAUGAUGUAUCAAUGCCACAAGGGUGGGCGAUGCAGGUUGCCCAGAAUGGCAGAGUAUUCUUCAUUGAUCAUAACACAAGAACCACCACAUGGAACGACCCGCGAACGAACGCUCCCAGUCCACGAGAGCGGCGGCGGCGCGGCCGCGGCCGUGGGCAAGCGACGCCGGACAGCGGCCUCUCUAGCCCGGCCGACAACGAGUCCGGCGACGAACCUGAGCUGCGGCACCGCUCGCUAACGAUGCGAGUCGGACCACUGACACCUGGGUGGGAAGAGCGAAUACACUCAGAUGGCAGAGUUUUCUACAUUGACCACAAUAAGAAAACAACACAGUGGGAAGAUCCGAGACUGCUCGAUCCAAAGGUUGCUGGAAAGGCUGUGCCGUAUUCGAGAGAUUACAAGAGAAAGUACGACUACUUCAAAUCAAAGCUUCCGAAACCAAUGAAUGUACCAAACAAGUUUGCAUUUAAAGUUAGGAGGCAGCACAUCUUCGAAGAUUCCUUCAAAGUGAUAUAUUUAAACCUGCAACGUAGGGAUCUGUUGCGAACAAACCUGUGGAUAGAAUUUGAUGGAGAAGUUGGCCUCGAUUAUGGUGGCUUAGCUAGAGAAUGGUUUUACCUUCUCUCCAGGGAAAUGUUCAACCCAUACUAUGGCUUGUUUGAAUACUCAGCCACUGAUAACUACACACUGCAGAUCAACCCAAACUCAGGCCUGUGCAACGAAGACCAUCUGUUAUAUUUCCGGUUUAUUGGCAGAAUUGCGGGCUUGGCUGUCUACCAUGGGAAACUAUUAGAUGCGUUCUUCAUCAGGCCUUUCUACAAGAUGCUGCUUGACAAGCAGAUCAAGCUGUCAGACAUGGAGUCAGUUGACUCGGAAUACUACAACUCUCUCAUAUGGAUCAUGCAGAAUGACCCGACUGAGCUCGAUCUACGGUUUGCCGUUGAUGAAGAGUUGUAUGGCCAGAUGUUGCAGAAAGAGCUGAAGCCAGGUGGAAAUGAUAUAGUUGUAACCAGUGUAAACAAAUCUGAAUAUGUACAGCUAGUUAUGCAGUGGCGGUUUCUGGUGCGAGUCAAGAGUCAGAUGAUUUCUUUCAAGGAGGGAUUCAAUGAUGUCAUUCCUAUUCACCUGCUGCAGAUUUUCGAUGAGAAUGAGGUUGAGCUGCUAAUGUGUGGUCUGGGUGACAUCGAUGUGAAGGACUGGCGAGACAACACCGUAUACAAGGGAGAGUAUUUCCCGAACCACAAAGUUGUGCAGUGGUACUGGCGGCUUGUUCUGGCGAUGAACAAUGAGCAACGUGCCAGAUUGCUUCAGUUUGUGACAGGAACCUCGCGAGUUCCAAUGAACGGCUUCAAGGAACUGUACGGCAGUAACGGCCCGCAGUUGUAUACGAUAGAAAAGUGGGGCAAGUCGACCGAAUAUCCCCGUGCUCAUACAUGUUUCAACCGCCUCGAUCUGCCUGCAUACGACUCUUACGAAGACCUACGCGACAAUCUGCUCUUCGCUAUAGAAAACACACAGGGUUUUGAGGGUGUCGACUGAAGAAGAGGUGCUGUAACAUUAGUUGCGGUCUUCGAGUCAUGCGUCAGAUCCAUUGGUGUGCACAGGGGGCGCCAUGCAUCAUGUUCAUUACACCUGUUAGGUGCGAUGCUGAUGUACUUUGCAUCCAUUCUUAGCAACAACAACUUGUUAACUUGGAGCAGCAGCUAGCUAGCUAGGACAAGAAGGUACCUGUCACGGAUGCGUCACCACGUGGUGGGUAAUAGGGGCUGGGCGGGGCUUUUUUUAAUACUUGGGCAGCUGGUAGAUAAACUGACAGAUUGUGUGGUAUUUUACUAAAGUUCUUUAUACUUUUCGGCCACAUUUAGGACCACAUCGAAAUGUAAUAUAUUCUCCCGUUUAAUUUAAACAGGAAAAAGGCGAUACAGCAUGAAACUUAUUAAGCAGUUACAGCAUUGUGGUCUAAGUUGAUGUAAGUAUUGGGUUUCAACGUUGCUCAAAAUUGAUUAAUUUGCAUGUAGUACAGACAUGAUUGAGCAGUUGUAUAGCUGGUGAUUUGGGCUUUGGAAGGGAGGAAGGGGAUAUAAGCCAAUAUAGAGAUAUUGCCGGUAGCAUAAAUUUUUGUUAUAGUAUUUAUGCAAUUUAUCUAAAUAAUUGCUAUAAUCAAUGUCAGGUUAUGUCAGCUUCUACCAGCUAUGUCUCUUUCGGUUAAAAUUGUCAUCGUGCACGAAAUGCUACGGUUUACUGUUCAGUAUAAUAACUUAAAAGAGUUCUACCAAUUAAAAUUGUAAUUUUUUAUCGUUUCUUGGCAAUAGAGAUCAUUGCUAUUCCUCUAAACAAAGACAUACUGUGUAGCAUGCACAAACGUACCAUCAUUGAGGGAAAUUACAUCAUCCCUGUGAAGAACAGCACAAGCAAUGCUGUGACAACCAUAAAUAUAAGCAAACGGUCAUGGACAAUUUUUUAAUCCAGGUUUUUUUAGUGCUCAUCCACAGUGUGACUGACAUCGACUUUUGUUCGCCUUUUUAUUAUGUAUGUUGGACUUGUUCGUCCAACACGUGUGGCAAUCGGUUGUGGGAAUGCGCUAGGGUAAUUGCUGGAGAGAGAAUAACAAAAGUUUGUUGGCUGCCAGUGUAUUGGCAGCUAACAAACAUUCUCUGCGAAAGCAUUCCUUAUAACUGUGGACUUAAUCCUUCACAAACGUUUGGGUUAGGCCCAGACAUGUAUUAAACAUUAUUGUAAGUUACUUAAUUUUUGCAGUAAAGUGGUAAAAUCUAUGUAUAGGUCCAUCUAGAUCUGGUUGCAACGCUAAUGCACUAGCAGCGUGCGUGCGUGCAUUCAUGUGAGUGUGUGUAUAUGUGUCUAGUCUUUUGGUAGGCUAUAAAGGUGGUAUAUCCUCUUUCACACUUUUAAUAUACGGUCAUUAAAUGAUUGCUAUACUAAUAUACCUGUAGCGAGGUUAUGAACUCGCUAAUUUCGAAAUUUGAAGAAGAAUACACCACCUCAAAAGUGGUUUAAUACCUCGUUAAUAUAAGUUUGGUGAUAUAUAUUAUAUAUAUAUAAUAUAUAUAAUAUUUUUUGCUUUUAUAUUAUUUGCAAGUUCACUAUUGCCCAAAUUAUCAGGUUUACAAUGUAGAAGUGCCUAGAGACUACAAUGUAGAGACUAUAUCUCAGGUACACACUCAUGUAACAAUUAUCUUUCAACGUAUAAGGCAAGGUUCACACGCAAAUAACGUUGAUAAACAAAUUGUUUGGCAAAACUCGUGUGUAUAUAAUAUGUUCUGGUGUAUUAAAUGUGCUCCAUUUUAUUAAACCCAUUACAUGCUCGUAUACGAAAACGGAAUGAAACGACCACUGUGGGCGUAGCGGAUAGUGACUGUGCCAGGGGUGGCUUUAGUGGGCAGCAGCCUCCUCCUAAUCUUCAUCCACCCCCCCCUCAAAAUCCCCCAAAGCCACCCCAAAAUAAGAAAAAAUAGUGCGUUUGCUCUACAAAGGUAGCUUCGAGACAGUCCCUAGCCCUCUCUUCCAACCAGAUUGCCCGCUUCCCCUAAACUCCUGUGUAAAAAUUCCAGAGCCACAAGUGUACGUUGGCUUCCGAAGGUACAGGUGUCGUCUAACACGUGCGUGUGUAGUAUGUUAUUUUCUAGCGUUUUUUACAGAUCUAGACCUUUCCUAUUGAAAUGACGAGCAGGAACAUCUACCUAUAUAUAUAUUAUAUAUACUACUAUUGUAUACACACACGAAUGUGAAUAAUCAUGCUUUUAAAGAUUUCAUACACUAAAUUAUAGUUUCCGUCAGACGUUAUAUUUAUAUGCAGAAUAUUUGCUGUAUUUGACAGCAAUAUCUUUGAAAAUAUAUCAAGUUGAUCACGUAACUUAUGGCUGUGGCAUAUAAUGUGCUUCUAUGUAUUAGAUAUAGUAAUGUGAGUAGGUACAGUAAAGUCAAAGUGUACGUGCUUGCAGUCCAUAUACAGUAGAGCUGAAGGUUUCUAUGGAAUGUUUUGUAGGUGAUAGGUUUGUUAGAAAGCGAAAUUGUGCAUUGUGUGACCCUCAGUAGGAGAAACGGGAAUGGUGACCUUUUAUAUGGAAACGGUUUGAAUGAUGGUCUUGUAUUAUCAUAUAACCGUUGUAUGCUAGAAACCCUCGUUUUUAAGUCUCGCAUGUUGCGGACGUAUGUUUAUAUAAGAACCUUAAAUGCCCCAUUCUUCUACUAUGUUUGAAGAUGUGUGUGCUGGCUGUACAGACAAAAAUUAACAUUUCUUAUUUUUAAAGGCAUAAAUGUUGGCAUGUAAACAUGCUGCACAAUAACAUUUAAAUGGUAUUUAGCCAAAUAAAUUUGUGGCUUUCGUGUGUGUUCCUAAGACGUAAAUGCAGUAUUAUUAAAGGCUUUAUUCAAUACCA